AUGCCAAUCGUUAGUUCAAAAAAAGUUGUAUCUGUCCCGUCCAAACAAACACAUAAAAUUACUACGAAUUGUGGGGAAGAGGAAGACAUUAUAGAAGUAGAAAUGGUUAGCGACAAUGGACAGGAAAAGGAAAAACAAGAGAGAGUAGAAGAAAUUUAUUCUGCAACAUUUAAAUGUAGAGAAAAGGAUAAAGAAAAAAUAGGCAAAGAAGUCAGUGGUGAGAUAAUAGGAUCGGAAGAAAAAAAGGAACAAGACAAAGGAUACGAGAUCAAUGGUGCGGCAUUUGAUUCAAUUAAACUAAUUCCUUUAGAUAAAGAUUUGUUAUUUGAUUUAAAUAAUAUUGAAGAAAUAUGUGAUAAUCUAGAAGUUUUGGACGAGACAGGCGUCAAUUUCGACGACAGCAAACAUAAAAUAACCAAUAGAAAGCGAAAUUGCAUUCAAGAAGAGAAGUGGGAAAUUAAAGCACAAAAGAUACCUAAAUUAAAUACAGAAAAAAAAAUAUUUUUCCAAUAA